UCAGCGUCGUGUUACGUACACUAAUCUCUAUCAUUCGUUUAGCUCCCUAAUGAAUCGUAAGAACAUGAAAGAUGAAUGUGUUUGUUAAAGAUAGUGAAGAUAUUGGGCAAGGUCAAACAAUGAACUACUUCAGAGAACUGAUCAGCAAAGACGAAUGUGAACUAAUUGUUCGAAACGCUUUGAAAUCAAGCGAUGCUUUGGUGAUCGAGUAUAAUAUUUCGAAAAUACCAGGACACAUAGGUUUUCUGGGAGAAUAUCUUCGACUAAAAGUGCUAGUAGAGAGAAAUGGCGUUCAGUCGCGAGAGCGCUAUUUCCUCAAGUCGCUACCCAUCGCAGAUAAGAAUCAACGAUCCAUGAUGGAGAGUUUGGGAUUUUUCCGCAAAGAGGUUGGCGUUUAUUCGCAGAUACUAAACGCCUUUGGUCACAAUGCGACGCCGUCCAAAUGGCGACCAAACUGCUACCUGACUCGCAACGAUCUUAUCGUUCUGGAGGACCUGACCUGGCAACAGGGAUUCAGCAUGCUAGACACCCGAAUGGCACUGCGGCAAAGUCAUCUGCAUUUGGUGCUGGAUGCGUUAUCCCAAAUGCAUGGACUGUCUUUGAACUACGAAUACAAUUGCGUCAGCGGUCAGCGUUUGGACGAGCUGCACGCGGAUGUGCUCUUCGAGACGAGUGUUAUUCGAGAUAACAGUUGGUUUAUGGCCGGUUUAAGUGGUAUUAAAGCAAUUGCACUAAAUGGAACCAAGUAUUGCAGAGAUCCUGCUAAAAAGCAAAUAAUGGAACAACUGAUGGAUAGCAAAUUGAAUCAAGUAUUCGAAGUCAUAAAGCCAACAUAUGAUUUCCAAAGCGUUCUAAUCCACCGCGAUAUUUGGCUUAACAAUUUGAUGUUUCAAUUAGAAACAAAUUCCACUACUGAUGAAGAUAAUUUGAAUUCACCCAAAAGUUGUAUUCUUUUGGAUUUCCAAAUCUGUCGCUACCUGCCACCAAUCAUAGAUUUCUUACUGACGCUCUACCUCACAACUAGACGAUCGCAUAGAGAUGAUUUUUUCCAGGAAUAUUUGAAUUUCUACUAUGAACGUCUGUCUAACAAAAUGCGAGGAUUCAAUUUGGAUCCGGAUACAAUUUUAAGUCGUAGCCAGCUGGAUCGUAGCAUAGGGCACUACAAGAUUAUUGGACAUGUUUUUGCAGGGGUUUAUCUGGCCCUAACGAAUCUGCCGGCGAAUGUAUUGGACCAGUUGCAUCGGGACGAUCCGGAUUUAUAUCACCAAUAUUGCAACGGCAAUCGAGAUGAAUUCUUGCUGAAAUAUCUACGCGAUGAUGAAUUCUAUCGCGAAACAAUGACCGAAUGCGUUGAGGAAACAGUUGAGUUUUUCUUCGGAUUUGAGAAAGAAGGCUGACGUGGAAAAUACUUGCUUUGAAAAACUGUAAAAUAAAAAACGUUCAUUACAUAAGGCAUAAAAA